AUGGCGGAGAGCUUCACUGUCCCCUACAAGAUCUCCCUGCCCGAAGGUAUCCGCGCAAGCGCCGUGCUGAGAAUCCGCGGUUUGGUUCCCCAUAACGCUAGCAGGUUCUAUGUAAACCUGCUGUGUAGCGAGGCGCAGGACGCCAACGCCGCCCUGCAUUUCAAUCCCCGGAUGGACACGUCCGAGGUGGUCUUCAACAGCAAGAAGCAGGGCGCCUGGGGCAUCGAGGAGCGCGGCCACGGUGUUCCCUUCUACCGCGGCCAGCCCUUCGAAGUGCUCCUCAUCACCUCCGAGGACGGCUUCAAGGUCGUGGUCGGGGACUCGGAAUAUCACCUGUUCCGGCACCGGAUGCCGUUGGCGAGCGUGCGCCUGCUGGAGGUGGGCGGGGACGUGCAGCUGGAGUCGGUGCGGAUCUUCUGA